UUUCAGGGAACUGCACAUCUUAUAAUUCCAGUGUCGGACCACUACACAGGCCGUGUGACAUGGCGCGGGGGUAGUUACUACUACCCGAAGAUUAAGGCUAAAUUUGAAGAAUUCAACCUAUGGGACAGAGUGAGGGAAUCUCCUUUCAAAAAAAAAUUCGAGAGAGCGCCCAUCCAAUUCUCAGGAGCAUUUUUUCAUCAGUUGAUGCUUCACAAAAUAAAAUCUGACAAGCCGGACGAGGUGCAUUUCUAUGUGGGAAGGAAGAGAUGUAGAUUUGGGAGGGUGGAGUUCGGCUUGGUGACCGGGUUAAACUUGUUGCCCGGCCCUACUGAGGAAGACAUCAAACAAAAUGGAAGCUCUGACCGGUUGAUUCAGGAAUAUUUCAACGGUAGUGCUUCGAUCAGCUUCGGCCAACUGCGCAGAGUUUUUGAGAGCUGCACAGAAGCUGAUGAUGUCUACAAGUUGGGGAUGGCCUUGUUUGUUAUGGGCGUCCUCACUGGUAAGGAGGAGAAGACUGUCGUUCCUCCUUUUGUGAUAAGAAUGGUUGAUAACCUUCCAUUCUUCUACGAGUACCCCUGGGGAAAGAUUUCUUACACCAAGCUGAUGGAAACUUGUAACAAGGAUUACUUGGAUGUGAAGAAUAAGAUGUUGAAAAAGAUUGAGAAGGGAGUCACUCAGAAGGAGGCAAAAUACUCAGCCUACGACUAUGCUGCAGCGUUGCAGUAUUGGGCAUACGAGGCCAUAUUACAGCUGGGCAACGAGUAUGCAGUGAGGAGGUCGCAUCGCUUUCCGAGAAUGGUCAACUGGGAGAGUAAGCCGAACACUACACUCGGGAAGGAUGAAGUGACCAGAUUAUUUGCUAAAAAUUUGACAGUGUACUCCAUGUUAUGUCCUCGGCCGAACGAGAUUGAGUUUGUGAGUUACAUAACCGGGGGUCAGCCUCCGUUAUUUGUUGACUUGGAGGAACUUGUGUUGGGUGAGGAUGGGCAACCAACACAGGAUGCUUUGCGAAGCCAGGCCGAAAAGCUUGCCUCCACAUUGGAAGAACGAGCGGAGGCAGCCCGAAUAUUUAAAGACUCUACACCACCUCCACCGUCUCCACCACGUGCACCGCCUGCAGUUCCAGAUGGGUCUGGUGUUGACCCAUCUCCAGCUUCAGUUCCUGAUGGGUCUGGUGUUGACCCAUCUGCAGCUUCAGUUCCUGAUGGGUCUGGUGUUGACCCACUUGCAGCAUCACAGGAUCCUCCUGUUCCCCCGUCAGCUUCUAUUCCCAGCACCUCAGAGGCUCGCGAUCCAGUAUACCCUGCCAUUUUGGUAAGGUUGGAGAUUGUGGAGAGGGGGCAGGCCGCUCUGCUAAGAGGACAAACAGCGAUUAUGGAUCAGUUGAAGACCAUAAUGACGCUCCUGCAAGAUCCUGGAAGGCCGGCAGCAGCUUCACAGCCACAGCCACAGCCACAGCCACAGCCACAACCGGAAGAGGAGGCUCGAACACCGGAAGAUGACUUCAUUCUCCCAAAUGAUUACCAACCGGAUGAUGAUGACAUGUUCUGUACAGCUGAGAAGACGAAUAUCACCAGCAUCGGGGAUACUCAGGAUUCUGAGGUGCAGGUGUUAGAGACAGCUCCAUAAGUCAUGGAGAACCGGAGGAAGAGAAGGCGGCCUAGGUGGUUCGCUGAGUACACUGAAAUGAAGAAGAAGGCUAGGGCUACUUCGACACUCGUGAAUGCGGACCCACUUAGAGUGGUUGAUCGGAAGCUGCUCAAGACUUUUCACAAUUGGGUACUCGGCCAGAUUGGGAACAAUUACUCGAGAGAGUGCUUCACCGGUCGAUACCAUUCGUCUUGGUUCCUCGAACUGCAUACUCCGAAGUUUUGGCUUGGGAACAAUGUAAGUUUUUUAGACUUUUUUACUGCUUUUGUUUUUAAAGACUUUAUCUAACUCUUUUUUAUUUAAUCUCUGACAUAUUUAAUUUUCAUGUUUUAGCAUUUGGAUGCGGCAUUCCAUUUGAUGAGGAGGCGGCGACACUUUUAUCCCGAGGCCUACCCAAAUAGAUGUGUCAUCAUGCCGUGUAUUUUCCCAGCAGGAGUUAUUGCUCGGUGGAAAGCUGCGGGUGAUGACCAGGCUAACUAUCAGUGGGACGAGAGCAUAUUAGAUUUGAUUCGAGGGGAUGAAAGUCAAUUCUUGGCCAGUUGGAAGAACAAGGAGAGAAUAUAUAUGGCCCUCCACUUCGAUGGAGCAAAGCAUUGGGUGGCACUAGAGGUAGAUUUGGAUCAUUGGUUGUUGAACAUAUUUGACUCGAGCCUCAGAUCGAUUUCCCCGAACGAAUUGAACCGUCACCUGGCAAUGUGGGAAAAAUUACUACCGAAUUCGCUGCUGCAGGCUGGCCUAUUCGAGACUCAUGACAUGAUCCUCGUGCCUCAACUUACCGCCUCAGAGAGCCAGGUCAGAAAUUUCACUUCAAAAGUCAUGGAUCGGGCCGUUGUUCCACAGAAAAAGACAAGGUAACUUAAUUACAAUUGAUUUUUUUUUGUUAUUUAACUUGAACUUAUUUUGCAUACUUUUAUUUAUUUACUUUUUAUUGUCUCAUACAGCGGUAACUGCGGGAUGUACGUGAUAGAGCACAUCGAGCAUAGUAUGCUGGAGACUACGUUUGAUAAUGUGCACGAUGAGAAUAUGAAGAAAUUUAGAGAGCGGUGGUGUGUAGAUUUGUUUUACCAGAAUUUAGCAUGAACAAAUGUGUUUUUUAUUUGGUAUUUAUUAAGAUAACAAUGUAACUGGUUUUUUUUAUUGGUAUGUUUAUGUUUUUUUAA